AGGGAAAACAACUCUGUUUCAAAUAUGCCUGGAUUGAUAGGGAGGGUUCCAUGUCUGGGUAGCAGGUAGGGAGGGUUUGGAGGCUGAGGGAUACGAGCUCUGUCUCACCAGUGCAUCUGAAUACAUUUAGUUCUUGAUUUUGGAUAGUGAGAAUUUGGACACAUUUAUUUGACGAACAACAGCUCUGCUUCAAAUUUAUCAGGUACAGCACAGGGAUACCAGCUUGGUCUCAAAAAAAUAUGCACAGACACACAGACACACACACACAUUUGAUUGCUGAGUUUGGAUUGAGAGGAAUAGUUGUAAUUAUGACAGUUAGGGCACCUGAGUGACUUAGUCGAUUAGGCAUCAGACGUUGGCUCAGGUCAUGAUCUCAUGGUUCGUGGGUUCGAGUCCCGUGUUGGGCUCUGUGCUGAUAGCUCUGAGCCUGGAGCCUGCUUCGGAUUCUGUGUCUCUCUCUGCCCCUUUCCUGUGCUCUCUCUCUCUCUCUCUCAAGAAUAAAUAAACAUUGAAAAAAAUUUAAUUGUGGCAGCCAACACACAUCAAACACUUACCAAGGGCCAGUUACUGUCCUAAGCAAGUUUUAAGUGUAUUAAUUCAAGUCAUGCUCACAACAAUCCUGUGAAGUCCAUACUGUUGUUAUGAUCCCCAUUUUACACAUGAGGACAUUGAGGCACAGAGAGGAUAAGUGACUUGUCCAAGCAGUCACACAGACAUAAGUGGCAGAGCAGGGUUGAAUCCCAGAGUUACCACUUGCUACCCCUACAUGAGGCCACAUGAGGUUCAGGUCCUGGCUGGGGUAGGGCCUAGAGGUUGGCCAUCUUCCAGGCUGUUAGAAGUCGUGGACCAGGGCAACGAUGUGUGCGGGUGAUUCUGCCCCGCCUGUCUGCCUGGCCCAAGAGGCCCAGUUACCUGCUUUCCCCUCCUUACUCCUGCACCAGGCCACCUCUGCAUGAGUUUAUUCUUGUUGUUAUCAUCUGUCAUUAAUGACGUGAUGUGAGUUUCCUUGUACUUUGAAAUGCCUUCCAAAGUGACUCUGGCUUUGUUGGCUAUGUAACCAUUGUUUACCCAUUUUACAGAUGAGGAAACCUAGGCCUUGCUAUUCAUUCUACAUUGCCAGCUAGAUACCCUUGUCCCUCUCAGCUCUGGUUUUAGAACUGUCCUUCUUCCCAACAUUCUUGGUGUCCGCCAAGAGGCAGGAGAGGCCACAGCUGAGGGGACACUCCCCGUCAACACCCAGCCACCUACCUUAUGGCUGCUGCCUCCACCAGCCCUAAACAGUGAAGCAGGGAGAAAGGGGGGUGGAUGAAAGGGGCCUUUGUGUCCCUUGCCGGAAAUCUCACCCCCAGGAAGAAAGGUGGGAAGGGUGAUGGGAGGCCUCAAUAGCAUGUGUGUGGGGCAGGGCGUUGUUGCUGAUACAGAGCUCCCCUCCAGGCUUGGCCCACCUGCCAAGUGGGGAGGGAGGUUUCCUCACUCUGCUCUUUCACAUCACAGCAUGGGCUGCUGCAGGGGCCCGGGUUGGGCUUGGGCCCUGAGGUCACAGAGCAGAUGGUCCCAAAUGGAGCACAGGAUGUGUGGUAUGUGCCGGGGCAGGCCAGAGCCCUCAAUUUCCUUGACUCCUGGCCAGAAAUGCCCACGGGGGAGGAGUGGGGGAGAGCCAGCCUGGAUGUGAAGAAGCAUGAGCCCCCUCCCCACUCCUCCUCCCUUGCAGGAAUAGCCUCUGUCUGCCUCCAACCCAGGACCCGGCCCCCUGAGUUCUGAGUCCACCCGCUCUUAACGCCUCUGUGAUCAGAAUCAGACCUCUUCACCUGUCCAAGCCCCAGCUUCCUCAUCGGCAAGCUGGCUAUGAAGAGGUGGGUCUGUGUCAUUCUCCCAGGCAAGACUCCUGACUGUGGCCCAUGGACCUCUGAGGAGGCGUCGUAAGUCCGCCCAGCUCCCCGCUUGCUGUGCUCCCACUCAAUGGGAAGGGAACCAAGGCCUUGUCCAGCCAUCAGCCACGGCCUCUCGACAGCACCAGGAUGGAAGUCAAAGGUCAGCUGAUCAGCUCUCCCACCUUCAAUGCCUCAGCUGCCCUGUUUGGAGAAGCUGUCCCCCAGAUGAAGUCAGAGCGUCUGCGGGGGCUGCUCGACCGGCAGCGGGCCCUACAGGAGGCCCUGAGCCUGAAACUUCAGGAGCUCCGCAAAGUGUGUCUCCAGGAGGCGGAGCUGACUGGCCAGCUGCCCCCCGAGUGCCCGCUGGAGCCUGGUGAACGGCCCCAGUUGGUCCGCCGGCGGCCCCCUGCGGCCCGAGCCUACCCUCCGCUGCACCCCAACCCAGCACACCACUCCUUGUGCCCUGCUGAGGAGCUGGCUCUUGAGGCGCUGGAGCGUGAGGUGUCUGUGCAGCAGCAGAUUGCGGCCGCCGCCCGCCGCCUGGCCUUGGCCCCUGAGCUGAGCAUCGAGCAGCGCCGGCGCCGGCGCCAGGUCCAGGCAGACGCGCUGCGGAGGCUGCACGAGCUGGAGGAACAGCUUGGGGACCUCCGGGCCCGCCUUGGCCUCCCGGUGCUCCCACCGCCGCAGCCCCUACCCCUGUCCACAGGGGCAGUUAUCACGGCCCAAGGAGUCUGCCUGGGCACGCGCCUCGCUCAGCUCAGCCAAGAGGACGUAGUUCUGCACUCCGAGAGCAGCUCCCUGUCAGAGUCUGGAGCCAGCCAUGAUAAUGAGGAGCCCCGCAGCUGCUUCCCUCUGGCUGAGCGCCCCUCGCCGCCCAAAGCCUGGGACCAACUGCGGACAGUGUCGGGGGGCAGCCCUGAGCGGCGAACCCCAUGGAAACCACCGCCAUCAGAUCUUUAUGGGGAUUUGAAGAGCCGGCGGAACUCUGUGGCCAGCCCCACCAGCCCCACACGCUCGCUGCCCAGGAGUGCCUCCAGUUUUGAGGGGCGAAGUGUGCCUGCCACCCCUGUCCUCACCCGGGGCGCUGGCCCCCAGCUCUGCAAACCCGAAGGCCUCCAUUCUCGCCAGUGGUCCGGCAGCCAGGACUCCCAGAUGGGCUUCCCCCGGGCGGACCCGGCCUCCGACCGUGCCUCCCUCUUUGCAGCCCGCACCCGCCGCAGCAACAGCUCUGAAGCCCUGCUUGUGGACCGGGCGGCUGGCGGGGGAGCUGGUUCCCCGCCAGCGCCUCUGGCUCCCCCUGCCGCUGGCCCCCCGGUCUGCAAGAGCAGUGAGGUGCUGUACGAGCGCCCCCAACCAACCCCUGCCUUCUCCUCCCGCACAUCUGGCCCCCCAGACCCUCCCCGGGCUGCCCGGCCUAGCUCAGCUGCCCCUGCCUCCCGAGGGGCCCCCCGGCUCCCACCUGUGUGUGGGGACUUCCUCUUGGACUAUUCCCUGGACCGGGGCCUGCCCCGCAGUGGUGGUGGGGCAGGCUGGGGGGAGCUGCUGCCUGCGGCUGAGGUCCCGGGACCCCUCUCCCGCCGGGAUGGGCUCCUCACCAUGCUUCCAGGUCCACCACCUGUAUAUGCAGCUGACGGCAGCAGCCCCCUCCUCCGCAGCAAGGAUCCCCACACCCGUGCUACCCGCACCAAGCCCUGUGGCCUGCCCCUGGAGGCCACCGAGGGUCCAGAGGUGCAUCCCAACCCUCUGCUGUGGAUGCCCCCGCCCACCCGUAUCCCCCCGGCUGGUGAGCGCAGUGGUCAUAAGAACCUUGCCCUGGAGGGGCUGCGGGACUGGUACAUCCGCAACUCGGGACUGGCCGCCGGGCCCCAGCGCCGGCCUGUUCCCCCCCACAUGGGCCCGCAACACCCACCCUUCCUCCAUGCCCGCUGCUAUGAGGUGGGCCAGGCGCUGUAUGGGGCCCCCAGCCAGGCGCCACUCCCGCACUCGAGGAGUUUCACGGCACCCCCUGUCUCCGGCAGGUAUGGGGGGUGCUUUUACUGAUGGGUAGGGGUCUCUGGAGGCAGAUGGCAAAGGUGUCCAGGCUGGGGAGCAGCCAGUCAUGGUAGCUAAUGACUCAGACCACGAGAGAACUAGCUGCGGCCUCAGCACAGGGUCAUGAGGCCCUGCCUAACCUGCAUGAGUCCGCGGGGGCUUGGUGGAGAGGGGUGUCUUGGGCCCUGGCAGCAGCAAUUUUCCACCAAGCCAUAGAAGAAUUGUAAUAUUGGAACAAAACAGUGCAUGUCAGCUGAAAAUGAGCCUUGAAAGCAGGGUGCUGGGAGGAAGGGCCUCCCGGGCCCCUCGUUUUUCUCUUCUUCCUUUUUGCCGUGCUCCCCAUGCUUGCAAGCCCAGACAUACUCUCCUGUGUCUGCCUCCGCCUCUUUAACGAGCUUCUUUUCCUCUCUUUCUGUGUCUUGUUUGUCUUUUCCUCUCUCCUCUAUCUUGCCACCCUGUCUGGAUUCCUGCUACCCCUUCUAAAGAUACUACGCGGACUUCCUGUACGCUCCGGAGCUGAGCGCUCGUUUAAGUGACCUGACGCUAGAGGGGGAGCAGUCCUCCAGUUCUGACCCCCAGACCCCGGGGACACUGGUCUGACCCCUUCUGAUAUGCUCCUUGUUGGCCUGGGCAUGGCUUUAGUCUGGGGAGCACACAGCUGACCUCGCUGAACCCUGGGGUGUGGUUGCUCUCAGUCCUGGGGGGUGCCGAACCUGAUCUUCCAAGGCCCCUGGCACCUUGUGGACCCACGAAGGUGUCUGACACCCUGUUUCCCCUCUCACACUGUGCUGGGAACUGGGGCCCUCAGCCAGCGUAAAAGAGGGAGGAUGGUGUAAUGGGGACUCCGAGCCCCUUCUUCCAUUUCUGUUUACAGUUGUGAUUUAGAUAUUCGCUGUCUUCCCCCAACGCUAGACGUUUUAUAAAAGGGAAACUGUGAUCUCGUCCUGGUUGGGCUCAUUCCUGUCCCCGUGCCCAGCCUGUUCCAUUCAGGAACCCCCUCCACAAAACGGAUCAUAUAGGGUCUCAGGGCCCUGUUUGGGGCAGCCAGGAGACUCUGGUGUGAACAGAACCCCCUGCCACCCCCCACCAGGGCAGUUAUUGGGGAGGUGGGCUCUCUGCCUGCAAUUGGAAAGACUGAAGUCUGGGUAGGGGGCUUGGGUUCAUUUUCCUGCCCCCAGGGGUGCCUGAAGGAGCCCCAGUCCCUGUCUGCCUGUCUGUGCCCGCUGCCUCUGCCCACAGGACUAGAUGGCCCAGCGUUUUGUGGCAGCCUCUGCCCUAUCUAUCCCCAGUCAGGAAGCCCUGCAGGAGGGGCCAGAGGGCAGAGCCAUCGGGUGUGUUGUCCUGGGAUGCUGCGGUGGUGGAAUCUGGCAUCUGGUGGAUGCCAGUAAAAUCCUCAGGUGACGUCUGGCCACAGGCUACGUCACGUCUUCCUUGGCUUUCGUUCCAUCCACCACUUUUUAAAUCUAUACAAGCUGUGUUUUCUAUGAUACCUAUCUGUGACUUUCUGGAGCUGGGGGUCCCCCUACCUCCUUUACCUGGUGUUAAACUUUUCUUUUUCUACCAAUGGACCUGGGCCCAAGACACUACCCACACUGGAAGGGGAUUUCUAUAAUAAAUGUGUAAACUGAA